AGCAGGUUGGCUCAAGGGAGCAGGUUGGCUCAAGAGGCACCAUCUUUGCUAGCUUCCCAAGUGGGUGUUGAGAGUUGAGCGCGGUUGGGGGCGAUGAUUGAAGGAACUUACGUCCAGGUCAAGGGCCUCAGAGCCCGUGCUGAGCUCAAUGGGCGGUCUGGGAGGCUCCUACGAUGGAUUCACCCAUCGGAACGCUGGGAGGUGCAGCUGGAAUCAGAGGACGGCAGCCAAGUGCAGGGCACCUUGUCUGUGAAAAAGCAGAACCUUCAUGAGUUUGUUCCUGAGUUGGAAACAACCUACAUGUCAAGGUUGCUGCCUCGGAAACUCCACGGAGCAGCCGAAACUCCAUGCUUCCCGCAGGAGUUUCGUGAAGCAUGUGAAAGGAUGAAGUCAUGGCCGAAAGGCCUGUCUAAGGAGAGGGCCCUAGAGUUCCUACUGAACGGCUUCAUGGCAGCGACAGAGUUGCGAUGGCAGCGUACUUUGAGCGGGCAACACAGCCCUCAGGCAGGCAAGACCUGCUUCAGUGGCUUGCAGAUCGGAGAUUUGCUCCCUGAAUAUGAGAAGCAACAUGACUUCCACCAUUUCCGCACCAACUUCAGCAACUCUCCUCCCAACAAAGUGUCUAUGUGCUCAAACUCAACAUAUGUUGCAGCCGGAUUCAACGACCUGCGCUUGUUGCUUGAUGCCAGCAUGGAGGAGGGAGCUUCUGGCGUUCAUUUUGUUGGGAUUGAUCUCAACGACUUCGCAGUGACAAAAUCAUUGGUCAUUGCAGAGAUGCUCAAGGACACGAGCGUGCCAGUGACCCACAUUUUGCAGGUAUGGUACUCGUCCACUUGGUCCAAGGGGACCGUUUCGUCCUUCAAGAAAACCAUUAUGGCUAUGCAGUCCUCACUGAGCUCGGGAGUAAGGCAGUUGUUAGAGUUUUGGAAAGGCGCUGAAGCGCCCGAUCUCCAGAGCAGUCGGCACCAGUGGUUGCAGUACUUUGUCAGUGAACAACGCAUGUGGGAUGCAUGCACAAUUGCUAGUUUUGUCCGGGCGCGCGAUCGAUGGGCAGCCUGCAAGUAUUUUGUCACAGGAGAAGUAUGCGAUGAAAAUUCGGAACAAGUGGAAGUUGGCAGCAUCACAAUGUGGGCUUUACCUCCACAUUUCAGCUGCUCCCUUCCUUUGCACAAUGCUGACUCGAUUUUUGCCACAAUGAACUUGGAGGACUACCUUCCCGUGCCAACAGACGGAGCAGACAUCGUUCAACUAUUUGUUGAAGAUAUUCUGAAAAAACUCGGCCGUGUACGAAAUCUGCUGGUUGAUGGUAGGCUUGACAUUGAUAUUUGGCAGGAGGAGGUGACUUUAGACAACUGCCAAGUGAUAAAACGAAUCUCUUCCCUGGCCCCAGCAGGCAUCAGCUGGUCGAACAUUCUCGACUACACAGAUCUGGCUUCGUUUCAUGCCAUAGCCACGCGGUGUUCUGCAAAGGAUUCUUGUACUACACAUUACGCCUAUUCCAUGGAGUGGGUUAAAGAUGUCUACGGCAUCACCCUGGCAGAUUGGUGUAGAGGGCGCCAGGCCUUGCGUGCAUCCUUGCUCAUCGAGUUGGAGACUGGGAAAGCACUGCAGGCAUUUGCAAAAGAAACACAGAUCCACAGUUUGCUCGCGUUGCCGGGUUUCAGUUGCCCCAGCAGGAUGUGGAUGUAUGUCACAGCCAUGCAUCUAUAUCCUUCCUGGGUCGAGAGGUUUGUGAGCGUGAGUUCAGCAGCACCGGCAUCCGUCACCUUGCGCUCCUUGGGUAUUUGCUUGCCCUGCAUAAUGCAUAGGCGCUUUCCGACAAACAUUUACCUGAAGUGGAGCUAUGGACACGAGUCAUCAGGGGGUACGCAAGUUUCACAGGCCAUUCAGAGCUUCGACGCAACUCUUAGUGAGGUAGUUCGAAAUCUACUUCCCGCCAAGCGUUGCCAAUGAAGGUGGACGGAGAGACUUAUUAUUAUACCUCGCGGCGCUUGACGG